GGCUGGGCGGGCUAAUGGUAAACGGUGUAAAGGAGCAGUUACGCCAGCGCUCAGGUAUGAGGGUGUGACGAGAUCCUGGAGGGCCUACAGAUUCACCUGUCCUCCCGAUCGCAGCCCCACCUGCUGGAACGAGGGGGAGGGAGGGAAGGAGGAGGAGAGAGAGAGAGAGAGGUGUGCCGUGGUAGCUCUUGCAGAACGAAGAGUGGCUGGGGCUAAGCGACGUGGACCAGCGCCUCUAUGUGUUGGAGCAGCUGGAGGAACUGGUGACGCUACAGGACCAGGAGGAGACCCCCACCGGACCCCCUGGAGACACCCAUCUCGAAACCUGCCCCCCCCCCAACAGCGGCAGCACCAUGAGCAGCAGAGCCUAGUCAGAGCGGUGCCGGAGGAGUGCGGUGAGAGCAACCACACAGUUGGUUCUGAAGAGGGGGAGUCAGAAAGGAGAAGAUUUGGGGGAAGAGCGGCAGGAAAUAGCAGUCGAAGGAACAUCGAUCGCGGGCGCAGCUCAUCUUUCCAUGAGGUGCGUGGUCUUCGGGAAACUGAAAUGAGGCCGGUGGCCGACGAAACGUCCAGCAACGGCAGCAACAACACCGUCCUGCAGCGACUCCUACAGGAGCAGAUGCGCUAUGGUGAGGGACGCAACUACCAGCUGGCCAUGCAGCAACAGCAGCAACAUCAACAGCAGCAGCAGAGGCAGCAGCAGGAGGGUGGGGUGAGCGGGGGCUACCCAGGCCAUGGAGGGCCCAACGAUGAACGGCACGACUCUAUGGUGCCCCACAUCGCCCGGCAGGAGCCUCAGGGACAGGAGCUGCAGGCAGACAGUGGCGUGGAGAAGCUGGGCUCCCGCGGCGGGGGUAGUAGUGGAGGAGGAGGAAUGAGUGGUGGUGGGGGAGGGAGCAGCCAGGGUCCCAACUCCGAGGACUUACCCACCUACGAGGAGGCCAAGGUGCAGUCGCAGUAUUUCCGGGGCCACCCGCACCACCAGCAACAUCAACAACACCAACAUCAACAACAACAACAGUUGCCUCCGUCAGUGGGCGCUGCGUUUUACGUGACAGCUGCAACCAACAACGGCAAGGUGCGUACGGAGGGGCGUCCAACGGUGCAGCGGCUGAGCACCGGGAAAGUGCAUCAGGACGACGGACUCAAGGACCUGAAGCAGGGUCACGUACGUUCCCUCUCCGAGCGCCUCAUGCAGCUCUCGUUGGCCACCAGCGGGGUGAAGGCCCACGCCCCCAUCACCAGUGCCCCCCUUUCCCCCCAGCUUCCCCCUCCAGGUCCCCCGGGGGAUUACUACAAGCCCUCAGCACAGCAUCGGGGCCCCCCACCUGACUACCCCUUCAAGAACACGGGCUCCCCUUCCAAACAGCAGCCGCAGCAUCAGGAGCAAGGAGGGCACUAUUACCAGGAGCAUCGGCCCAGGGACCAGGGCAGGAACGAGGUGCCACACGUCCGCUACCAGCCUCCACCAGAGUACGGCUCCUUCAGAUCCAAUAAGGAGAGCUCGGUCCACUCCCAGAGAUCUGUCCAUCACCACAGCCCCACCUCCUCUGUCACCUCUGUGGGCUCUCUGUCCCGAGCCCAGUCCUCCACCCUCAAUAGUCUGCACAGUGCCUCUCACCCAUCCCACACACCCCCCCACCCCCAAGGGGAUCCCUACGCCUCCAUGGGCCCCCGAAGCCCCCAGGGCCCUGGAUCACACCAGGGAGACCUGUACUGCCCUGGGGCCAUUCACCCUCCACUUCAGAGGGGCCACGGCUUCCCACACGACCCAUACGGCUCCACCUCCAGGAUGCACCACCACCAGCAGCAGCACCACCAAUUUCAACAACAGCAGCAGCAACAACAACAGCAGCAGCAGCAACAACAACAGCAGCAGCAACAACAACAACUCCAGCACCAACAGUACCACUCCCAGUCAUCCCAGGGCCACCCUCCCCAGCACUACCCUCACCCCCAGGGAGACCCCUUUACCAUGUUGGCACGCGCCCAGCAGAUGGUGGACAUGCUGUCAGAAGAGAACAGGCUGCUCAAGCAGGAGAUGGUGGUGUGCUCUGAUAAGGUCAACAAGCUGCAGAAGUUGGAGACAGAGAUCACGUUGGUUUCGGAGGCCUACGAAAACCUGGCCAAGUCAUCCACUAAAAGGGAGGCUCUGGAGAAAACCAUGAGGAACAAGCUGGAGCUGGAGGUGCGCAGGCUGCACGACUUCAACAGGGACCUCAGAGAGCGCAUGGAAACUGCCAACAAACAGCUAGCUGCUAAGGAGUGUGAGGGAUCGGAAGACAACCGUAAGACCAUCUCUCAGCUACUCACCCAGAACAAAGAGACGGUGCGUGAGAAGGAGAAGCUGGAGAUAGAGCUGAACGCCCUGCGCUCCACCACGGACGACCAGAGACGACACAUUGAGAUUAGAGACCAGGCUCUCAACAAUGCCCAGGCCAAAGUAGUCAAACUAGAGGAGGAGCUGAAGAAGAAGCAGGUGUAUGUGGAGAAGGUGGAGCGCAUGCAGCAGGCCCUGGCCCAGCUCCAGGCUGCCUGUGAGAAGAGAGAGCAGCUGGAGCACCGCUUACGCACGCGGCUGGAGAGGGAGUUGGAGUCACUGCGCAUGCAGCAGAGACAAGGUGGCUCCCAGAGCAGCAGCAGUGGUCAGGAGUACAGUGCCACGGCCCUGAUGGAGCACCUGAGGGAGAAAGAGGAGAGAAUCCUGGCUCUGGAGGCAGACAUGACCAAAUGGGAGCAGAAAUACCUGGAGGAGAGCGUUAUGAGGCAGUUUGCCCUGGACGCCGCCGCCUCUGUCGCCACCCAGAGGGACACAUUGUCGUCGGUGAUAAGCCACUCCCCCAGCAGCAGCUAUGAGCAGCAGCUGUCAGUGGAGGCUCGUAUCCAGAAGGAGGAGGAGGAAAUCCUCAUGGCCAACCGCCGCUGUCUAGACAUGGAAAGCAGGAUCAAGAACCUGCACGCCCAGAUCAUAGAGAAGGAUGCCAUGAUUAAGGUGCUCCAUCAGCGUUCCAGGAAGGAUCCCAACAAGGACCGGGACGCCCAGUCCAUCAUGCGUCCCUCCAAGUCCCUGAUGUCCAUCGCCAACACGGGGGGCUCGGGCCUGCUCUCCCACAGCCUUGGCCUCAGCAGCUCACCCAUCACAGAGGAGCGCAAGGACAGCAGCUGGAAGGGCAGCCUGGGAAUUCUGUUGGGUCCAGAGUACCGUACUGACUCUCUGAAGACAGAGUCCAUCUCGUCAUCUCCCUCUCCGGUCCUGCCCCUGACAGGGGGUCACUCUAAGACAGGCAGCAGGGACAGCUGCACUCAGACAGACAAGGGCCAGAGCCAGGGUCAGGAGGCUAGCAGCAAGCCCAGCACCCCAGCCAUGCAAAGCAUGACCCUGCCAAGCCGACUCUCUAGCCCCAGCCCUGUUUACAUACCAGACCGCAUCGCAGAUGUGCCUGUGUUCCAUAGCAGUACCCUGGAAAGGCGCGCCCCUGUGCAGUCCCACCCCCAGCCCCCAUCAGCCUCCCAACAGGAGUUGGACAACGACAUGGUGGAGGUCCUCAUCUGAAACUCAACCCCUGACCUCUGAACCGUGGCCUCUAUAGGUCACAGGACAGGACAGGAUGGGAGGACAAGUGUGUUUGUGCACUAUCGACACACUCACUCACACACAAACACCUUCAUACACACACUUUCAAAAUAGGUGAAGGAUUACUUUUUUUUUCAUUAAAAAAAAUAUAUGUUUGGUGUUUAAAUAGAUGUCUGGUGUUUAACUAGGGUGUGUUAAAAUGCACUAUUUUUCUAGAUGUGUUUUUAAUGAACAAUACCGUGUUUUAAUUAAUACCACGUACAGUUUGAGUCAGGAGGUUUUAGUGUCAUCAGAAUGAUCAAUUAACUCUCUUGUACAGUGUUGCUGGAGGCUAUUGGUUAACUAGCCCCCUUGGACCAAAUUUCUUGGCUACCAUUCAUUGCAUUUAUUGCACUACUUAUUUUUCUGAGUGUGUUUCAAAACGUUGUUUUUUAACAUUUAGUCUGACUUAGGUAUUCUUAUUUAUGUGUGGUAGUACAUUAUUCACCAAUGUUAGAUGUGGCACUUGGGUAAUCAAAGAUAUAUUGUAAACUACAAAACAUUAUUUUAACCUGUAAAUACUGUAUUUAGAUACUGUGUGUAUGGCAUGUGUAUCAUUUAACUGAACCGAAUGGAAUAGGUUUUUAGAAGCCAUUCGGUUACAUGGCACAGCCAGCCAAGGACCACAAUGCACUGUUUAAAGUAUUGGGGGCCCAGCCUCACAUGUCACAGUGGAGAACAAGGGGGAGCGAGAAUCACACCUUUCUACUGUGGUCCAAUGUGCUGCAUGUGUGACCCCACUGGAUGGGGUCUGUCUCUUUGAAGUACAGUAGAAGAGGUUUGGUGUUCACCAAUGUGCCUAUGCUUCAGUUAUAAGGUUCUCCACCAUACCUGUUAAGUGUAAUUCAUUCCAGUCUGGCUGGGUUUGGUUAGAUUCUUCCGCCCAAACUUGCUUCAAAUUAUUUUAGGCCUAAAAUAGUCCGUUGGGAUUUUAACUUCUAGUUUAUGCAACGAACAGACAUUCUGGUAAUUACCUGUCCUUCUAAUUUACAAGCUUGAUUGGCAUUGUUUAUAUACAAUGCAUUUGAAAGUAUUCAGACCCCUUGACUUGAAAAAAAAGUACAUUACAGCCUUAUUCUAAAAUGGAUUAAAUAGUUUUUUUCCCCUCACCAAUUUACACAAUACUGCAUAAUGAAAAAAAAACAACUGUAAAUACAGUUUUUUCGAGAUUUUCGCAAAAAAAUCAAUUAUGUUACAUUUACAUAAGUAUUCAGACCAUUUACUCAGUACUUAGUUGAAUCACUUUGGCAGCGAUUACAGCCACGAGUUGUCUUGGGUAUGCGCUACAAGCUUGGCACACCUAUAUUUGAGGAGUUUCUCCCAUUCUUCUCUGCAGAUCCUUUCAAGCUCUGUCAGAUUGGAUGGGGAGCGUCGCUGCACAGCUAUUUUCAGGUCUCUCUGAUCGGGUUCAAGUCUGGGCUCUGGCUGGGCCACUCAAGGACAUUCAGAGACUUGUCCCGAAGCCACUCCUGCAUUGUCUUGGCUGUGUGCUUAGGGUCAUUGUUCUGUUGAAAGGUAAACCUUCGCCCCGGUCUUAGGUCCUGAGAGCUCUGGAGCAGGUUUUCAUUAAGGAUCUCUCUGUACUUUGAGCCGUUCAUCUUUCCCUGGAUUCUGACUAAUCUCACAGUCCCUGCCGCUGAAAAACUUCCCCACAGCAUGAUGCUGCCACCACCAUGCUUCACCAUAGGGAUGGUGCUAGGUUUCCUCCAGACGUGACGCUUGGCAUUCAGGCCAAAGAGUUCAAUCUUGGUUUCAUCAGACCAGAGAAUCUUGUUUCUCAUAGUCUAAGAGUCCUUUAGGUGCCUUUUGGCAAACUUCAAGCAGGCUGUCAUGUGCCUUUUACUGAAGAGUGGCUUCCGUCUGGCCACUCUACCGUAAAGGUCUGAAUGGUAGUGCUGCAGAGAUGGUUGUCCUUUUGGAAGGUUCUCCCAUCUCCAUAGAGGAUCUCUAGAGCUCUGUCAGAGUGACCAUCGGUUUCUUGGUCCCCUCCCUGACCAAGUCCCUUGUCCCCGAUAGCUCAGUUUGGCCUGGCCAGCUCUAGGAAUAGUCUUGGUGGUUCCAAACUUCUUCCAUUUCAGAAUGAUGGAGGCCACUGUGUUCUUGGGGCCCUUCAAUGCUGCAUGAAUGUUUUGGUACCCUUCCCCAGAUCUGUUUCUCGACACAAUCCUGUCUCGGCGCUCUAACGACAAUUCCUUCGACCUUGUGGCUUGGUUUUUGCUCAGACAUGCACUGUCAACUGUGGGACCUUAUAUAGACAGGUGUGUGCCUUUCCAAAUCAUGUCCAAUCAAUCAAAUUUAUCCUAGGUGGACUCCAAUCAAGUUGUAGAAACAUCUGAAGGAUGAUCAAUGGAAACAGGAUGCAUCUGAGCUCAAUUUAAAGUCUCAUAGCAAAGGGUCUGAAUACUUAUUUAAAUAAGGUAUUUGUUUUUUAGGUUUAUUAGAUUUGCAAAAAUUGAUAAAACCUGUUUUUGCUUUGUCAUAAUGUAUGUGCAUAUUGAUGAGGAAAAAGUUUUAUUUAAUCAAUUUUAGAAUAAGGCAGUAACCUAACAAAAUGUUGAAAAGGGGAAGGGAUCUGACUACUUUCCGAAUGCACUGUAUAUGACAUUAUAUGGCUGUGUUUAAAAGCAGACCAAUUCUGAUCUUUUUCCAUUAAUUGGUCUUUUGACCAAUUGAAAUGGGCAAAAGAUCAGAAAUGGUCUGGCUGUGUGCAGCCUAUGUGGUGAUAAAAUAGUGUUAGCAGUUGAAAUCCAAGACAGUUUCAUAACUGCACGUCCCUUGCUUUUUACCAAAGGUAACAGAAUGAGUUUAUCUAUAGUUCGUUUUACAGACAACGAUCAUAUAAUAUAUCACGUCAGCAACUUUUUAACAGUGACUUUGAAAUAUUCACCCACAUCACAAUCUAGGUAGCAGUUGUGAACAUUUCCAAUCCAAAGCCAAAAAUAUGGGACCAAAUAAACACUCCACCAGCUGGUCACCUGGCUUGAACCCACUAUUGUAUGUAGUUUCAAAAGUUUACAAGGGGGGCAUUUUUAAAAAAGGAAAAAAAAAGGUCAACAAUGUGUCUCAACAAAUUGAACUUCCCCUGCUCAAACAAACUGUCCCCUCAUAUCUACAUUUCUUCAACCUGGCUGAUGCUAGUAGGCCAGUGUUUAAGAGAACUAUGUCAGUGUUGUAACUGAAUGAAAAGCACACAGUUUUUGAAAAUGUAACAUUUGCAGCACAGGUGGGCAUUUUCUCCCUGUCUAGUGUCAAGUUGGCUGUCCAGGAUAGACAAUGGACCCUGGGAGUGGGGACUGAGGUUGAAUGCUCUAUUAUGUUACACUUCAGCUGAGGCUCAGGCCAGACUACCGCAUUUGGGGCACCGACCUCCGGGCAUUUAUAACGCUAUUCUACACAUUUGUCAUGAGGCUAAUAAAAAAUGUUGCCGUUUUAAAGCUAAUUUCCUGCAAUUCUACACUUUUUGCCAUGGGGCAGAGAUUUUUUUUUUGCUGUUUUAUAGCUUAUCUCGUGCUUUUGUUCACAUUUUGACAUGAGUCUGGGAAGAUUUUGCUGUUUUAAAGCAAAUUUCCUGCCUCCCGGGUGGCACAGCGAUUAAGGGCGCUUUACUGCAGCGUCAGCUGUGCCACCAGAGACUCUGGGUUCGUGCCCAGGCUCUGUCGUAACCGGUCGCGACUGGGAGGUCUGUGGGGCGACGCACAAUUGGCCUAGCGUCGUCCGGGUUAGGGAGGGUUAGGCCGGUAGGGAUAUCCUUGUCUCAUCGCACACCAGCGAUUCCUGUGGCGGGCCGGGCGCAGUGCACGCUAACCAAGGUUGCCAGGUGCACGGUGUUUCCUCCGACACAUUGGUGCGGCUGGCUUCCGGGUUGGAUGCGCGCUGUGUUAAGAAGCAGUGCGGCUUGGUUGGGUUGUGUAUCGGAGGACGCAUGACUUUCAACCUUCAUCUCUCCCGAGCCCGUACAGGAGUUGUACUGAUGAGACAAGAUAGUAGCUACUAACAAUUGGGGAGAAAAGGGGGUAAACAUUUAAUUUAAAGCAAAUUUCCUGCUAUUCUACACAGAGGCACAGAGAAAACAUUGCAGAUUUCCUACAAUUCUACACAUUUUGCUAUCAUAUACUAUUUGGGGGCCCCAACCCCCCAAAUGCAUUUUUUGUUUUUUGGGGAAGUGGGUAUGCCCUGCGUGCCUGUUCGGUAAUCCAUCCCUGCUUAGGCUCAUUGGAUGGCUAUCAGUUGCACUUGCUGUUUUACCGUAUGUAAAUCAAAAAUGUUCAAUGGUUACAUUUUAAAAAGGACAAUGGAUUUUAAUAUUCAACAUAUUGGGAGAGCAUUAAAUGUUCUCUCGUGGUGUGACUGACAGUCAUAUGGACAUUUCAAAGUCCCCAUUAUCAGGGACUGUACCAGCCUGUACCUGAAGCUUCAGAAGAUGUUAUUUAUACUUAAAUUAAUUAAACUCUUAAAGCAAAGGUAUUCCACUUAAUCUGUUCUGAUGGCAACUAUUUGUUGUCCCACCCGAAGGCCAGUCCUUGAGUCUUGCUUCAAAUUCCAACCCUAAAUCAUAAGGCCCUCUGUGUUCUGAGCCAGGAGCCAAACAAUGUGCUGUAUCCAUGACUGUUAAACAACAGACAAUUUCACAACUUCUCUCAUGUUACAAGUGUUUAACAUUUACAAGUUUAAGUCACAAAGUGAGCAGUAAGUGCCUGCAGACCUGCCUUAUCAGUCUUGUGAUGGGAAUGAUUCUCAUCCAACUUUGUAUUAAUGUUUGUGAUCAAUCAAGUUGAAGAUGGUACUGGUAAACUCACCAACUAUCUUUAAAGAUGCAAUGUCUUCUAGUAUUUUGGUGCAUUUUCACAAAGUCAAUACAAUAGAAGCUGCUGUACAAUCGCCAUUCAUGUUGAAUUAAAUUAAUUCUAAUCAAGAUUGUUGUUUUUUUACAAAAAUCAUCUCAUGCCGUUUCUGUGUGGUUUCACUAUGAUGUUCUCCUGACAAUGUUCCAAAUAAUGACUUUCCAAAUGUUUCAGAAAGUGAGUUCUCUUGGUUUAGAAUUAAUUUAAUUUUUUAAAUAAAUAAAUAUACAAUGCGA